AUGUCUUGCUACGACCUGUGUCCUCCCAACCCCUGCGGGCCUACCCCGCUUGCCAACAGCUGCAACGAGCCCUGCGUCAGGCAGUGCCAGGACUCCCGGGUGGUGAUCCAGCCCUCUCCCGUGGUGGUGACCCUGCCCGGCCCCAUCCUCAGCUCCUUCCCGCAGAACACCGCCGUGGGAUCCUCUGCAUCCGCAGCUGUGGGGGAUGCCCUCAGCAUUGGGGGAGUCCCCAUCUUCUCCAGUAACUCCUCUGGACUUGGGAGCCUUGCCUAUUCAGGUUUAGGCAGCCUUUAUGGGAGGCCGUACCACCAGUACAACCCCCGUGGGAGCUGCAGGCCAUGCUAA